CUUGAACUACCUGUAGUUGUUAUUUGUUUUUAUUAACUCUCUCAUUUUUUUAUUUUUAUUUUUUUAUUUAUUUAUUUUUUUAUUUUUUGUGGUUGUUGUUGCUGGAAUGAAUCUUUUUAUUUAAAAUGUGGAUAAAUGUGAACACUUGAUUGGUCCGGGCCGCUGACACGCAGGCGGAUUGUCAGUUGUAGUCAUACGAUCUGUCAUCAUCCUUCGUACAAUGCGAAAAGGGAAGUUGAAAGAAGUGGGAGAGGGACGCCGCGGAGCCAUACGAAAUCUACCGAUUCAGUACUCGUCCGGAUCGUCGGCCCACUGUGAAGAGACUCUGAAGCGCUGCGUAUAAAUCGGCCCGGAGACAACACCCCCCUCCCCAUUAUCCAGGCUGUCCUUCUUUUCUUUUUGGUGUUAUUAAAGGUUUUUACCACCACAUCAGCGCUCAGAACAAGAGACCACACAGAGUGACAUGGCAAGUAGAGGUGGAGCCACGCGACCCAAUGGACCUAACGCCGGCAACAAGAUCUGCCAGUUCAAACUCGUGCUUCUAGGGGAGUCAGCGGUGGGAAAGUCAAGUCUCGUACUUCGAUUUGUCAAGGGUCAGUUUCACGAAUUCCAAGAGAGCACAAUUGGAGCUGCCUUCCUGACUCAGACAGUAUGUUUGGACGACACAACAGUCAAAUUUGAAAUCUGGGACACAGCUGGUCAGGAGCGCUACCACAGUCUGGCUCCUAUGUACUACAGAGGCGCCCAGGCAGCCAUUGUGGUUUAUGAUAUCACAAAUGAGGAGUCAUUUGUACGAGCGAAGAACUGGGUCAAAGAGCUCCAGAGACAAGCCAGUCCAAACAUUGUAAUAGCCCUGGCUGGGAACAAGGCCGACCUUGCUAGCAAGAGAGCUCUGGACUACCAGGAUGCACAGUCAUACGCAGAUGACAACAGUUUGCUCUUCAUGGAAACUUCAGCAAAAACCUCCAUGAACGUGAACGAGAUUUUUAUGGCCAUCGCCAAGAAACUUCCGAAGAACGAGCCGCAGGCCGCCGGAACCAGCAGCGGACGGAACCGGGGCGUGGACCUGACGGAGUCGGCUCAGCCCAGCAGCCGCCCCUGCUGCAGUAACUAACCCGGGUCCUCCUCUUCGUCCUUCUCCUCCUCCUCCUCUUCCUCCCGGCUCCACCCAACAGCAUCUGGAACGUCCGACCCGUUUGGUUUCCAGAUGUGCGACCCGCUCUUCACCCUCACCUUCCUGAAUUAGCUAAAAGACUCUGUAUAGCUGCAUUUCUAAUACCUUUUGUUUUGUUUUUUGUUGAUGUUCUUUUUUUUUUUGUUUGUUUUUUAACUUUUUUUAAGAAGUGUAUAUCAGUAUAACGGAUGCAUGUAUCACUACAACUCCUAAAGAAAAAAACAAAACACAUUUUUAUCUUUUAUUCAGUUUAAAGACUAACUUCCCUUUUCAGAAAGACGAGAAAGCGAGAUACCUGUGAAUGUGUGUGAGAGGGUUAGUUUCACUAUAGUAGUCUGUUUUUUUUUUUUGUUUUUUUUUGUUUUGUUUUUUUUUUUUUUUUGAAUAUCCUAGAAAAAUCAAAUUGUUCCCAUGUUGCUCCACUCCACUGACUGUUUGUUUGGAGCAGCAGUUGAGUUGCCAGGAAAGGAUCCAGCAGCUCUUCCCAGGAACAAAUCUUCAUCCGAGAUCCAAGUCUUCUUCUGGGAGAUCCGGGGUAAAGCGCUGUCCAACUUUAACACAAAGUUUAAAAGAAUAAAAAACAUAAAUCGGGAAACUUCACUUUGUUGCUCAUAUUAAUGACAGAAAAAAAAUUUAAGUGUUAAAUCUACUCUGAGGCCAGUAGUCAACCUCCAUCAAUCUAAGUCUGUGUUAAAAAUAAAUAAAAAAAUGGAAAAAAACAAAAGAAAACUGAUAUACUCUAAUGUUUCAUAGGGUGCAAUGUCGUCUUCUUCCUUUAUUUCAGCUCGUCUGGAAGUUUAUUUAGAGACUCCGAACAAUUGUACAGUUGAAUAUUUUGCCAAUCCCUCUCUUAUGUUUCCUCUUCAAGCUCCAUGUUUUUACAGAAGCUGGUCAGAUGUUAGGCAGUGAUGGUCUCUUUAGAUAUAUGUAGUGUUAUUAACAAAAUCUCUCUGGUGUCUUGUCACUUUCUCUUUUUUUUUUCCUAUUAUUAUUAUUAUUUUAAAUAAUUUUUUUUUCUUUCUUUUCCAAAAAAGAAAAACAAAGAGAGAAAAGGUCCAUGGUGGUGUUUGAAAGGAACUUCUUUUAUUGCAUUGCACAGUGUUGAUCAUGUUUUAAUUAUUGAUAACUGCCCUUGGGUUUUUAUAUGAUGGACUGUAUUGGAUUUGCUAACCUUUCGACUGCGGGCGGGGAGCGUAUUUAAUCUUAACUGGUGGUCUCUCUUGCAGCUCAAUGAAUUUAAUGAUGUAAAAACAGCAUUACUAGUGAUGGGCUGAUCCGUUUUGAGUGUCUGAAUCUUAAUAAAUCCAAUAAAAUGG